UCGCUCGCGGCUGACACCGCUGCCGUUGCUCCGCGGCUAUUAUUAUUUGCUCUUGACUGUGCGCAGCGCAUAGGCCCAAGAAACAAAUAAGAGUAAUUAGUCAAAUUGCUCGCGCGUGCGUGUGCCUAUAUAUAUUCACGGACUCGGACGUGUCGUGACUAAUUGUCUCGUUUUCUGCCUCGCUCGACUCUUUCUCUCUCUCUCGAGGGAGAGUGCACUGCUCUUACAUAUAUACACUGCAGACCGCUACCUACUACCUACGAGGCGUAUUUAUUAUGGCUGGGAUUGCUCAAAACAUUAGGAGCUAUAAGGAGAAAAUCGUCGCUGCUGCACGAAGGAUGAAAUACUCGCCCCAGCAGCAGCAGCUUGAGCAAAAGGACAGCCAACAGAGGUACUACUACGAGAACGACAUGAGCAGCGUGAACGCGACACCGGCGAGGGCGGCGGCGAACGCCCUGCAGCGCAGCGCAUCGGCGGCAUCGGCGGCGGCCUCGCAAUCGACAUCGGCGGCGAGACGAGCCCUCACCUGCCGUCCACUCUCCACCGACAUGUUCGCCUGGAUGCGCGUCUUUCGGCUGGCCAACAUGCUGCACCAGGUCGGCUGCUAGUCGGCCUCUGCGCGUGUGUGCUAGUCGCGGGCUGCCUCGCCAUACCCACCUUCCUCCUCCCCCUCCCCCAAUACGUUCAUUCAACCCUCCGAUUUCCACCUUCGAAUCAUCGUAUUCUCACUCCUGUGAUGAUUUAUUAUUGCCCGGUUUUCUUUCGCCGACGACUUUUUGUUUUUGGGUCGGCCUUCGGAUUCGCUAGCGCGUCUACGUAGACGUCGCGUCGGAAGGUCGAUCCCGGGUCGAACGCUCAAGAGCUUGUGCUUGCUUGUUUAGUAACUACAGAUUAUUUUCGAAGUUCAGGAAAAAAUCCAAUGAUCUUAGUUAAAGAAGCUUAGGGGCGUACGAGGAAGUCAAUGUCGGCGGCGCUCGGCAUUGGCCAAGCCUAACUGAUAUUAUUGAAUUUAUCGUUGAGCCACUAAAUACUUGGUUGGUACUAAGCAGUCAAACAUUCUCCAUGACGUCCAGCUCAUUACGAUCAUUUUUUUUCUCUUCAACUUUGCCUCUUUUCUAAUGCAAUAAGAAAACGUGUCACGUUUUAGUUACCGAUGACAUCUUGACAUAGUUUGCUUUGAAUAUAAUGUAAGCGCGUGCCAUCGAGGCAGGCCAAAAAAAAUAAAACAGAUUUUUCAAAAUCACUCAAAUAAAUUUUCAAGCAAAUAAUGAUGAAAAUUUUUUUCGUUUUUGCAAAACAUGAGCUUUCUCGUAUGAGAGUUCGAAAUAAUCUGUAGAAAAAACUACAUAAAAUGCAAAUCAACUUUAGAGUAUGAACUAAAAUUAAAGUCGUGAGACAAAAGAAAAAAAAAAAUUAAAAAAAAAAAAAGAAAAAAAAGAAAAAA